CGUUCGCAGAAUGUUGACUGAUGGUUUAGAAUGUACACAAUACUGGUACCCUGUUACUUCUCCUCAGUUUCGUAUUCGAUAGUUCACUGUGAAUCAUCUCAAAGUGCUCAGCCGAAUUCAAAGUAAGUGUUAAGUGGCGAUGUGAAAUCAAGAUCAUUGUUAGAUUUACGAUGGAAUCUUUCAAAACGCAUUUUGAACGAGAAAGCAAGAUGACAGCAAUGACUCUGGCAAUCACUAUCGCAACAACAACGACGUCGAGAAGUACAGCAGCAACAAUAACAAUAAUGACAAUGUUCAUGUCAGCAAAAAUUAGCAAAGACGUCAAAAGCAAAGCGGCUAUGUCAACAAAACCAAAGAUGAGAAAUUAAACAUCCAAAGAGACUUUGUGUGCUCCAUCACGUACUGGGUUAGUUACACGUACACCACCUACAGCAUGAGAGGCCACCUUACCUCUUAUCCUUUGUGGGAAAAUUCGUGGGAAUUCGUUGUAUGCUGGGAUUCCAGAAUUCAAAAGUAUGGGACAGUCAUGCAAACGUUAUUUUCUCGACAAUGGAUGAUUCUAAGUGCACGAAUAUUUCCUGAGAUACUUCCCAGUCGCAGGAAAUUUGGAAAGGACUCUUCCCUGAUCGUCGCAGCCACUGAAAUAUAAAGACUUGUGGCUCACCAGACGCCGUCCAUGGUUCCCUUCUUAAUUUAAUUUCUGUACGAAGGACGAAUUCGGCAUGGAAGGAUUUCAUACGAGUGUGGUUUUUAGCGUGCUUUGGUUUUGUUGUUCGCUCUGCAUCAACUUCACCUGUGCGAACAGAGAUAUGAAAAAGCCAAGUGGUUUGAUUGUCGCCGGUCUUGUUCCCGUGCAUCAGAGGGAAACAGGAGACUCGUGUGUUAAACCUAACUUACGAGGGAUCUUGACGGUCGAGGCCAUUUUAUUUGCUGUGGACGAAAUCAAUAAGAAGAAAAUUGUUUCCCUCAACCAAUCACUAGGUUAUGAAAUUAGGGACACUUGUCCUCGGGCGGAUGAAGCGGCCAUGGACCUGGUGGUGAAUUCUCACCGACCUAAAGACCAGUUUCUAGCUGCAGCUGUGGGCGAUCUACCUCAGAAACAUGACGAUACCGACGUAUUUUACCGCGCACUGAUGAUCCUGUUCUCCGGUCAAACGCCACACAUGAGCUGCAUCGCUUCCACUUACCGAGUCGAGAGAAAGCCCGAUCUUAUAUCUCGCGCAGAAUUUAUAUUUCAUGCUAUCGCGAGGGACAGAUCCAACCUUAGGGCGAUUGUUCAUCUCGCAGCGCGAUUAAACUGGACAUAUGUUGGAGUAGUAUACAACGACAGCCCUGUGGGAAAGUAUACAGCAGACCUUCUUGAACAAGAGGCCUUGGAUAAAUUUGUCUGUAUCGGUAAAAAGUAUUCGUUGGCAUCAAAUGCGAGCGGCACGCAAGUCAAGACAUUUAUCAGUUCUCUGAAAGCUGAGAAAAAUUUUUCGGUGAUUGUAAUGUUGACUUCAAAAGAUCUUUUCAAGAGCAUCAUUGACGAAGCAUUUAAGCAGAAAAUUAACGAUUUAACGUGGAUCGGAACCGAUUCGUCAUGGGACAACGCGGCCAAAUUUUCGAUCGAAAAUACAGCAGCUCAAGGAAUGUUUAGAGUAGGUGCGUCCGCAGUGAUUGGAAAAUUUAAAGCUCAUCUUCAACAAUUGAUGUCAAAUCCUGGCCGCAACGCAUGGAUUAUGGACAUCGUGUCCUUAGGUCCGGCUUCCCCUGAACCAGCCACGAAACCUAUUGUGAAAACUACAACCAGUCCACCGACCCAGCCGCCUGCAGUUACCACUCCGCCAAAGAGUAAUUCCUCUAACUCCACAAAAAAUAGUACGGAGCCUCCAUCUACAGUUCCGCCUGCACCGUCCACAUCAGCCCCGACCACUACUAUCCCUUCUGUGGUACCCACCGCUGUCCAUUUGAACAAGACUUCGCUGGAACAGCUUGUGACUGAGUUAAAGUCGAUGGCAUACAGUGCCACCUGCACUAUUGAUUCUAUUUUUGCCGUGGCUCAUGCACUUUCUGCACGUGAAAAGUGCAAAACUAACUGCCCAGAAAAGCACGACUUUCACAAGUUCAUACAGAAUGUAAAUUUCACAAGCCUUAGUGGUCAAAGGAUACGUUUCGACCGUCAGAGAAACUUAAAAGAUGUUGAGUACAAAAUCGAAAUCCUUCAGAAAACUGGAAAUGGAUCAGCCAUGUCAGCUCGAGAUCAGACAUACCUUAAGCUCAAUUCUGUUGGCACUUGGAAGCAAUCGGGCACAGAAAACCCAGAACUGACUUUGCGAUCUUUGACAGAGAUCCAAUGGAAUACAAAGGAAACCAGUGUACCGAAAUCCAUCUGCCACGAUCCAUGCAAACCUGGAAAGUACAAAGCCUUGAAGAAAACCCGAGGCGAGUCCGAGUGUUGUUGGCACUGCUUACCAUGUGCAGAAAAUUCCAUCAGCACAGAGGACGAUUCAGUAAAAUGCAUUCCUUGUCUACCGGGGUCCACGGCCAACGCUGCAAAGACUGAAUGCAUCACUCACUUUGAAGACUACGUUUAUUGGAGCGACGCUGGCAGCCUGGUUAUGUUGUUCAUCAUGGUGGCAGGAAUGUGUUUUAGCAUUUACGUUGCAGUAGUGCUGUUCAAGAACAGAGGCACGCCUGUGAUGCGUCGAGCCAGGAAUGCUAUGUUAGUUCUGUUGCCUUUUGUUAUUAUUCUCUUCUUGAUUCCAGUCCCCCUCCUCAGUAAACCCAGCGCCUCCUCCUGUGAGGGUUAUCGAGGGUUCUUCAUCAUAGCACUUGGUAUUCCCUUAGCUGCCCUAAUAGCUAGAAGCAUAUUUGUCGACAACCGGUACUACGACCCGGAAGGUCAAAUCAAGGAGAGUUGGGGACAGUGCAUUUGUACGCCGCGUAUAUUGUUUGCCAUAGCAACAGUUCUCAUCCACAUAGGUGUUACAAUUGUCAUAGCGUUUUUUCUGCCAAACGAGAUUUUACGCCACCCUACGGAUGACCCUUUCACUGUGUACAUCGAGUGUUCCAUCCAUGAGGGAUUCGGUUUUUUGGUCGUCAUUUUCUACAUCAUGGCGGUGGCCACCGUGUAUUCAAUUAUGUCCAUGAGCGAGGAGAUCUCCCCCGAGAAUGACAUGGAGGUGCGCUGGACGUCGCUUUGCAUGUUCAAUUGGUACGUGAUCUGUUUCCUCUACGUCACCAUCAACUACGGCGUAAAUGGAAAAGGCAAGAUUUUUGGCUUGGCCUUUGUGGAUUUCCUAUUCGCUGUCAACAUCUUGGGUUGUAUCUACCUCCCUAAGUGGUACGUGAUCUUGUUUCAACCGGAGAAGAACCAAGCAGACGUCUCACCUUGGACCAUGUACGUUAAAACGCAGGAGAAAGUGUCGGUGCGUCUAACAGAAGAGGAUUCCCCUGUGUUACCAAAACGUAACCUUCUAGCCAGUACAGCCAACGACUCUACUAAAGGACACAACGACGUGGACGUUGACAAUAAUGAAUCCAGAGGCCUCAUUUAUGAUACUAAGGAUACGGAUGUGUAAGGAUUGCACAAGUCUCUUAGAUUUUACAAUCCACCGCAGAGCAGUAAGAAAUAAACCUUAUAAUUGCAAAAGAUACUGAGAUUUUUUAAAUGUAGGUCAUAUCCGUUUUGAUUGUUUGGCACAUUUUCAAGCACUGACGAUGCCUAUGGUCUAUAGCCUUUAUGAUAUCGUCGAAAAUGGGCCAGAAGUGAUGUCUAGAUUAUGUUAAAGAAGUAGCACAGAACAAAAUGUACAAUAGAGAAUAAGUAUUCAAUCAAAAACUUUGAAACGAUGAAAAAUGCUAGCACUGUUUUGUGGUUGGAUAAUUCGAAUUAGGAAUGGCUCCGAUUUGAGUACGAAUAGGUCAUUUCGUUUGGCUCGCUGCUAUUCCUACAGUGAACAACUUUUGUGUGUUAAUAUGGCGUCACUUCUUCCUAGUACUUCAUGUUACACAUGUAUUUAAUCCUCUUCCAGGUGGUCAGUUAGUUCAUACAGAGGUACAGAGGAGUGCGUGAAGAGGCGAGAUUGUAUAUUUGAACUUCUUUUAACUUACAGAUUGGUUUCUGGUUGUUUAAAGGGUGGAUAACGCUGUCCACCUUAUUUAUCUUUAUCUGGUGGAUAGCACAGUAUGUUUUGUUAACACUUAUCCACUGAAUAGCGAUUUAUCCGUUGGAUAGCGUUAUUUUUUCUUUGAACAACUGGAUCCCUGCUGUCAUCUCGUUGGGGUUCUCAGAGCCCUGGUGAUAGAUAAUGUCAUAUUAGUUAGUCCAUUUUUGGAAACGAAACUGUUUUGGGAAUUUUAUAUUAUAAGUGACUCAAAUGA